AUGACCGACGCGCUGCUGCCCGCGGCCCCCCAGCCGCUGGAAAAGGAGGGCGACUGCUACUUUCGGAAGGGUUGCAAUCCCCUUGCACAAACUGGCCGAAGCAAACUGCAGAAUCAAAGGGCUGCCUUGAACCAGCAGAUCCUGAAAGCCGUGAGGAUGAGAACAGGAGCAGAAAACCUUCUGAAAGCAGCUACGAACCAGAAGGUGCGGGAGCAGGUGCGCCUGGAACUGAGCUUCGUGAACUCAGAUCUACAGAUGCUCAAGGAAGAGCUGGAGGGGCUCAACAUCUCAGUGGGAGUCUAUCAGAGCACAGAGGAGGCAUUUACCAUCCCCCUGAUUCCACUUGGUCUGAAGGAAACCAAGGAUGUUGACUUCUCAGUCGUUCUCAAGGAUUUUAUCCUGGAGCAUUACAGUGAGGACAGCUACCUCUAUGAAGACGAAAUAGCAGAUCUGAUGGACCUGAGACAGGCCUGCCGGACGCCCAGCCGGGAUGAGGCCGGUGUCGAACUGCUGAUGAGUUACUUCAUCCAGCUGGGAUUUGUGGAGAGCCGAUUCUUCCCGCCCACCCGACAGAUGGGGCUCUUGUUUACGUGGUAUGACUCCCUCACCGGAGUGCCAGUUAGCCAGCAGAACCUGCUACUGGAGAAAGCCAGCAUUCUGUUUAACAUCGGAGCCCUCCACACACAGAUCGGGACCCGGUGCGAUCGACAGACGCAGGCUGGGCUGGAGAGUGCGGUGGACGCCUUUCAGAGAGCAGCAGGGGUUUUAAAUCAUCUGAAAGAGACGUUCACUCAUACUCCGAGUUAUGACAUGAGUCCUGCCAUGCUCAGUGUGCUGGUCAAAAUGAUGCUUGCACAAGCCCAGGAAAAUGUGUUUGAGAAAAUCUGCCUUCCUGGGAUCCGGAACGAGUUCUUCAUGCUGGUGAAGGUGGCUCAGGAGGCUGCCAAGGUCGGGGAAGUCUAUCGGCAGCUGCAUGCGGCCAUGAGCCAGGCACCGGUGAAGGAGAACAUCCCCUACUCCUGGGCCAGCCUGGCCUGUGUGAAGGCCCACCACUACGGAGCCCUGGCCCACUACUUUGUAGCCACACUUCUCAUUGAUCACCAGUUGAAGCCUGGCGCAGAUGAGGACCAUCAGGAGAAGUGCCUGUCCCAGCUCUAUGACCACAUGCCAGAGGGACUGACGCCCUUGGCCACACUGAAGAACGGUCACCAGCGCCGACUGCUGGGCAAGUCCCACCUGCGCAGAGCCAUUGCCCACCACGAGGAGUCUGUGAGGGAGGCCAGCUUGUGCAAGAAACUACGCCACAUUGACGUGCUCCAGGAGGUGCUGUCCGCAGCGCACCAGCGCUCCCGGCUCAAGUACGCUCAGCACCAAGAGGACGAUGAGCUGCUGAACUUGAUGGAUGCCCCUGACAUUAUCUCUAAGACUGAGCAAGAGGUUGAAAUUAUAUUGCCACAGUUCUCCAAGGUGACAGCAACAGACUUCUUCCAAAAGCUGGGCCCCCUGUCGGUGUUUUCGGCGAACAAGAAAUGGACACCUCCUCGCAGCAUUCACUUCACUGCAGAAGAAGGGGAUUUGGGGUUCACCUUGAGAGGAAACUCCCCAGUUCAAGUCCACUUCCUGGACCCUUACUGCUCUGCUGCGCUGGCAGGAGCCAAGGAAGGGGAUUAUAUCGUGUCCAUUCGAGACGUGGAUUGCAAGUGGCUGACGGUGAGCGAGGUCAUGAAACUGUUGAAGGGCAAGGGCAAGGACGACGUGGAGAUGAAGGUCGUGAGCCUCCUGGACUCUACCUCGUCCAUGCAUAAUAAGUGUGCGACAUACUCUGUGGGCAUGCAGAAAACCUACUCUAUGAUCUGCUUAGCCAUAGACGAUGAUGACAAAACUGAUAAAACCAAGAAAAUCUCAAAGAAGCUUUCUUUUUUGAGUUGGGGCACCAACAAGAACAGACAGAAGUCAGCCAGCACCUUGUGCCUCCCGUCGGUUGGGGUUGCGAGGCCUCAGGUCAAGAAGAAGCUCCCCUCGCCCUUCAGCCUUCUCAACUCGGAUAGUUCUCUGUACUAA